AAACGUCGCGGAAACAGCAGACAACCCUCUCAUCACCACCCGGCGCCUACUGGACUGUUGCCUCAGGGGCUGCAUAUAUUUUCUCCUACAUUCCCACCGAACAGCCUAGGCACAUAACGCUACGAUGGCUGGCCGCUUUGUGAGAGCUUCGAAGUACCGCCACGUCUUUGGCAAGGGCACGAAGAAGGAACAAUGCUACGACAACCUCCGUAUCUCGAAGAACGCCUGGGACACCAACCUGAUCAAGGCCAACCCUGAGUACAUCUCUGUCAACUGGGAAGCAAGCGGUGGCGGCGCCUUCGCCGUCAUCCCCAUUGAGGAGCGCGGCCGUGCCCCCGAGCUGAUGCCCCUCUUCCGCGGACACACAGCCGCCGUUCUCGACACCGACUGGAGUCCGUUCAACGACCGAUUGAUCUCGUCCGCCUCAGACGACGGCAAGGUCUUUAUCUGGCAAGUUCCAGAGAACUUCACCCUGCAAAGCGAUGGCGAGGAGCCUGCCGACGUUUCGCCCGUGGCUAGACUGAGCGGGCACAUGAGGAAAGUCGGACACGUCCUGUUUAACCCAGCUGCCGAGAGCGUCCUUGCCAGUUCCUCUGGUGAUUACACCGUAAAGCUUUGGGACGUCGAAGCUGGCCAGGCUAAGCUGACUCUCAAGCACAACGACAUUGUGCAAUCGCUGUCCUGGAGCGCCGAUGGCUCGCAACUGGUCACAACAUGCCGAGACAAGAAGCUGCGCGUUUGGGACGUUCGUCAGGAAAAGCCUGCUCAGGAGGUUUCUGGCCACCCUGGCGCAAAGAACAGCCGUGCCGUCUGGAUGGGCGAGACCGACCGCAUUGCGACCACUGGUUUCUCCCGCAUGAGCGAUCGUCAGUUGGGUCUGUGGGACCCACGCAACCCCAAGGAGCCCAUUGGUGGCUUCCAGAUUCUGGACUCUAUCUCCGGUGUUUGCAUGCCUUUCUGGGACGAUGGUACACAGUGCUUGUAUCUUGCAGGCAAGGGUGAUGGCAACAUCCGCUACUACGAGUACGAGAACGACAAAUUCGAGUACCUCUCCGAGUACUCCUCGCCCAACCCACAGCGAGGUGUGGCCUUUAUGCCCAAGCGUGGUAUCAACCUUCACGAGAACGAGGUUCUGCGCUGCUUCAAGACUGUUAACGACAGCUUCAUUGAGCCCGUUUCUUUUAUCGUACCCCGUCGCGCGGAGAUGUUCCAGAGCGACAUCUAUCCACCUACAAACGGCCUCAAGCCUGGUGUUUCUGCCGGAGAGUGGUUCGGUGGUAAGACCGCAAUGCCGCCCAAGAUCUCGCUCGAGAGCAUUUACGACGGUGAGGCGCCCAAGGAGAUUCCUUCGGACUACAAGCCGCCCCAGCCUGCAUCUGCCCAACCGUCGCCCGUCAAGGUUGAGACACCAAAGGCUGCGCCAGAUCCAACACCUACACCCAUUCAGUCUCGUGGACCGCCACCACAGCUCAAGGACAACGCCUCCCUGUCUUCCCAGGCCGACAGGUUCGCAGAGAAAGAUGGAGACUCGGACAAGGAGAGCGAGUCCAGCUUCGAGGAGGUAGCCAAGCCGGUUCAGCGCCCGUCUGUCACUGCUGCAAAGCAGGAGGAGAAAACAAGAGGUCCAGUCAUUACCAAGGAGCCCGAGCAGCUGAAGCUCACACCCGCACCAACAUCUGCUCCUGCGCUGUCCAAGCCUGCCACACCACCGGCUGAGUCUACGCCCACCCCUGCUGCUGCGCCUGCUCCUUCGUCCACACCGAGCGCUGGUGGACCCGCUUCAGUCCUGCGUGACGCCCUCAGCGAUAUCAAGUCUCAGCUCGAGCACCAGAACAAGAUCAUGGCUGAUCAGUCUGACCAGAUUGCGCUACUCAUCCGUGAAGUUACCCAGCUCAAGGCCAAAGCUAGUGCUCAGGCACAAGAUCCGUCAUCUCGCGAAAAAGAUGAACGCAUCAGGCAAUUGGAGCUUGAGCUCGAGGAAGCCAGGUCUUGAUUAACUCGAGGCUACUUCUUCCCGCGUGCUCUUGCUGAUAUUGUCUAGGCGCGAGCUAUUGUACGUCAGGGACGAGAUUGCUGGAAUCAAUCAGCAUCUGCACAUCACGGACAUCAUCGACCAGGCAGCUUCGAGCGUGUUGAUGGAUCCAAACAUAGAACAGGGGAGGAUAGUUGACAUACGAUGAUAGCGUGGGCGGCUUGUGUAAAUGUAUUGUCUGCUUGGUCUUGCCAAAAGCAAGGUGUUUGGGUUAGCGGUAUUGUGCGAAAAAUUAUUGCUGUUCACACUGGACUUUCUCUAUGUCCACUGCGGAGUACUCAAGGGAGACAUGAGCCGACAAGGCUGAGCCCCACAACCGUUGGUGAUCUCCACGCACGUGGCGCACGCUGAUGCACGCCAAGUCGAUUUAGCGUCGUU